ACCAGACACAAACAAACAGAAAGGGCGAGGGAGAGAGAGAGAGAGAGGGAGAGAGAGAGAGGGGGGAGAGAGAGAGAGAGAGAGGGAGAGAGAGAGAGAGUCUCACACGUUGAGUGAGUCGGGAGACAGACUGAGAGUAGCUUACGCCAGACUGAGCCGACGAGGCGUAUUUCGAGCUCGCGUUGGGAGUGCGUAAAACCGCAGGAGCGCACAGAAACACGGCACCCGCUGAUUGUACGUUGGAUCCUACGCGUUCCGAGCGUCGGAGUUGUCGACUUUAAUUGCGGUUUCUUACAGGAACUGCCCGAGUGAAUUCAGCAGGCGUCGUUGUUUUUUUUUUUUUUUUUUUUUUUCUGAAUGGACGCGCUGGGAAGCUUCUCCGGUGACAUGGAAAUGCGCGUUAUUGAGCGUGUAGCCGGAUGCUGAGGACGCCCGAUCCUUUAAGUCAAUUUAAGCUUUCAUUUUGAGUUUGUAUCUCUACUUCCCACCCGACGACAACAUGGAGGGCACGAGCUUCCAGCCCCAUCCCGGACUUCAACAAACUCUGAAGCAGUUUCAUCUGAGUUCCAUGCGCUCCCUCGGCGGCCCGGCGGCGUUCUCCGCCCGGUGGCACCAGGACUCAUAUUUCGGUAAAGAUGGGAAAUCCGUCGAGAUGAUGCUCACCCUCCCAACUCAGACACCCCCGGUGAUGUCCGGUCCACUUUUCAUCCCUUCCGACCGCUCCACGGAGCGGUGCGAGACGGUCCUGGAGCGGGAGCCCAUCUCCUGCUUCGUGGUCGGCGGUGAGAAGCGGCUGUGCCUCCCGCAGAUCCUCAACAGCGUCCUGAGAGAUUUCUCCCUGCAGCAGAUCAACUCGGUGUGCGACGACCUGCACAUCUACUGCUCCAGGUGCACGGCGGACCAGCUGGAGAUCCUCAAGGUGGUGGGUAUCCUGCCCUUCUCGGCUCCGUCCUGCGGGCUGAUCACGCAGACGGACGCCGAGCGCCUCUGCAACGCGCUCAUCUACGGCGGCACUUACCCGCCUCACUGCAGCAAGGAGUUGGGCUCCCUGGAGCUGGAGCGGACCGAGAAGAGCUUCAAAGUGUACCACGAAUGUUUCGGUCGGUGUAAAGGCUUGUUUGUGCCGGAGCUGUACGCGGGUCCGAGUGCCGCCUGCAUCCAGUGCAUGGAUUGCAGACUCAUGUUCCCCGCGCACAAGUUUGUGGUCCACAGUCACAAGAGACUGGAGAACCGGACGGUGCACUGGGGGUUCGACUCGGCCAACUGGCGGGCUUAUGUGCUCCUCGAUCCGGACUACAACGACAAAGAGGAGAAGAGUCACCUGGAGCAGCUGCUUAAAGAGAUGAAAGGGAAAUACGAUCUGUCGGGCAAACGGUCCAGUAAAUCGUGCAGAGCUCCCAGCCCCGUCCCAGGCAAGAGGUCAAAAUUCGACAAAUUACAGUCUCCAUCAGUUGACAAAGACAAGAAACCCGAAUGGCUACAAUCGCUGUCAAAGUCUGCACCCAAGGAUCUGAAACAGGUCCACAUGAAACAGAGGCCCUCCGCUUUCCGCCCCUGGUCUCCUAAAGCGGUGGAAAAAGAGAAACCAGCCCCUCAGAACGAGGCGGAGAGGUCCUUCUCGAAAGGUCAUGAGACUUUGGCGCCUCCCAACCCGACCCCAACCCCCCUCGCCCCUCCGCUCCAUCCCACGGACUGCCACGCUCCCGGCAGGGGGCCUGCAGCCGUCCCCGGGCCGCCUCAGGGGCUUCCUAAUGGAGACGCCAAACCGCCCCCGUCCACCACCACCACCAACACCACCGCCACCAACCAACCGGAAGACAUGGACACAGAUGGAGAGAUCGAUGUGGACGACUGUGACGACCGUCCAGUGCCGCCUUCCUCCCUGGCUUCUCCUCCUUCUCAGACCCCGGGCCCUCAGAGUUACGCCCGGCCUCAGGAGGCACCCGGCUGGCUGCCGGGGGCGGUUUGCCCGGACAUGGACGCCCUGAGACAGAUGCUGUACGGAGGUCCGGACAGCAAAGAGGCCCGGGAAAAACUGCUGCAGGAGAUUGUCAAGUUGAAAGUGAAGCAGGAGGAGAAGCUAUCUGCUGCCGUGCAAGCUAAACGCAGCCUUCAGCAGGAAUUGGAGUUUGUGAGGGUAGCAAAGAAAGGCCGUCUCCGCGAGGCCAUCGAAGCCAAGCGCAACCUGAGAAAGGAGAUCGAGCGCCUGCGCGUCGACUGGGAGAGGAAGAUGAGGGACGCGGAGGAGUCCUGCGGGCGGCUGAAGAGAGACUUGGAGCGGGAGAGACAGGUGCGAGUCUGCGACAAAGGCUGUGAGGCCGAACGUCUCCGGGUCAAGUACUCCACUCAGAUCGAAGGGCUGCACGUGCAGCUGCAGCAGGCGGAAGCCGACCGGGAGCAGCUGAGGCGGGAGCUUCAGCAGGAGAGAGAGGCUCGCCAGAGCCUGGAGAGUGUUGUCAAAGACCUUCAAGGCCAGCUGACCCUGCAGGCCGGCAGAAGCCCCCCCGGAGACCCCAAGGGCGGAAACACGGACGCACACAGACAGACCGCGCAGCACACCAACGCAUCCUAAAGUCGCACAUUCUGAGCUGGAGAAAGAGACUCAACGAAAAGGAGCAGGUUUCAGGACUUUGCUGCACCUCCCGUUGGGUGAAAAAGAGAACUCGGCAACAUGCAACGUCGGCCCCGUAGAGGAAAAAUCUGUCAUAUAUAAUAUGAUAUGAUAUAAAUCAAUAUUAUUAUUAUGACAAUAUAUUAAUUUUAUGAAAGAACUGGAAAGCAGCAUGAUGUCUCAGCAUGUUAUGAAGCGUGAAAGUAAGAAAGACUUUUUCAGCGAUGACCACAUCUCUUCAGUGACGUCAGGGACACCUGACGCUGUCCAAGGAUUUUAUUUAGGUAUAAGCUAUUCUAAGAUGUGCAAAUAUAUAGCCACAUAACACUACUUGAAUAUGAAGGGAAGAUACAUGUUGAGUGGUGGAUGAAACUCUUAGUGCCACAAAAUAUUGGUACACUCAAAGGUGUCAUUGCAGACCACUGGAACCAAGAGACACCAGUUUACCACUAUUUACUUUUAUUAUCCGCUUGCUUUUUAUAAGUAUGUAGAGGAUGUACUUUUUAAGAAAUAUCGCUUGCGCAGCACCGUUAUUCCACAGGCAAGAAAGAAAAAAAACAUACAUAUACAAACACGUACGCAUGUAUACCAGCUUGUCUACCUUUUGUAUUUUAUAAACACCUGCAGUAUUGGAGGUUAGGUGGUGCUUGCUUCAGGUCCACCACUGUUUUAUGCUUAGACAUUUUAUGAAAGUGUUACUUUUUAAUAUUAUAACGCAACUCUACGUGUUGUUUGAACAUUGUUUUAAAGUCCUUUUUUGCUAAAAAAAAAAAGAAAAGAAAAAAGCCACAUGAUGAAUAGCAAAUGCUCUUGCCCACAUUAGUGCAGAAAGGUCAACAAAUGCCCGCCUAAAAGAAACAUUUCAAUAGCUGUCUGUUUUUGUUGAAAUGCGGUACUUCUGAUUUUCUAUUGAGCAUUGUAAAAUAAUUUAUAUUCUAUAAUAAUUUGCUGCCUACCAACAGAAAGCAUUCAUUUUUAGUCACUGGUUCUAGGGCUCUUAAAUCAAAAAAAAAUGCUGUUUAUACGAACAACAUUUCUACAUAUAUACAAAAUAUGGAUAUAUAUUUUUUUACUUUAACAAAAGGAAUUGCACUUUUUAAAGACAAGAACAUUGCAGCGUGCAUUGUACUCCCUGUUACAUUUUUCCAAACAAAACAUGAACUUUGAAUUUAAAUACACUUUCCCUCAGUAUCCUCUCAUGUAAAUACAACGAUAUUGUAAAUAAGAUAUUUGUCGCUAUGUUUGCUUGCUCCAGACUUAAAAUUGAUUAUGAAUAUUAUUUUGAGCUCUUACUUGAAACCAAAAAAGAGACUAUAUUUGGAUUUGCGAAAACUGCAAUUUUGCUGUUGCAUCCCUGAGUAUUAUUGCAAUCACGGGGCCUUUAGCGGAAUGGAUGAACAAAGAGAGUGAAACCAUCAAAGGUCACAAGCCUGUCAGUAUAUUUUCAAGGUUUGACACACCAACAGAAUGUUAGAAUUUCUCCCUUGAUUUUGUUAUCUGAGAAGACGAUCUUUACUAUUUGAUGAACUAUAGAGUGUAUAUUACACGGCAGACCAAAAACUGAAAAACCCAUAUUAAAUAUCUGCACCACCAGCUCCCUCAUCAUACACAGUAGAAGCAAAACCUUCUAUUGGCUUCUUUCUUAGGUGCUCUCGUAUAUUUUAGACAAGAAACACUUAUGUCUUAUCAUUACCUAUGAUACCCUCGCUCUGUAUUUGUUGGGUACAGUGUAACAUCAAUAUCCAUUUUGUUAGCUGAUGCUGUUGUAGUUUUGGUUUUGAAGGG